AUUUCAAAACUUGUGUAUUUCAGAUAUGGAACCCUACUUGAAAAUUUUCUUUACUUUUCUACUCUCAAUUAUCUUGCUUGCAGGCCCCACUGAGGGGAGGAAAGACCUAAAAAAGUAUUGGGGAAACAUGAUGAAUGGACAGCCUAUACCAGAAGCACUUAAACUAUUCAUAAAUCAAAGAUCAUACCAAGAAGAAGCAAUUAAGGAUUUCAUCAAAGAAUUUGAACCAAUCCCUAAUGUUUCUGCUUACCAUGAUGAUUCAAAAAAGUUAAUUUCUAGUGAAUUUGAACCAAUCCCUAAUAUUUCUGCAUAUCAUGAUGAUGCCAAUCCAAAUCAGGUCAAAUCCCAAAAACAAGAUGCAUCAAAGAAGAUUUUUGCUGAUGAAUUUGAACCAAUUCCCAAUGUUACUUCUUAUAGUGAUUAAUUUUGGGAAUUAGGGUUUUUUAAUUUGUGCAUUUUAGGUUUUGUUUGUUGCAUUUUAAUGUGUGUGAGAGACCUAUAUAGGGUUACUGAUUUCAGUUCGAAUCUAAUUAAGAUCAGUUUCCAAUGUACUCUCUAGUUUGAAAAAUAAAGUUUGGUUUGACGGUUUUUCCGUUCACCUUUGUGACAUGGAUUUGAUUCUUACCGUCAAAGGGAAGGAUUAAUUUCCUUUCCCUCUUGCAUGUACGUGAUUCUCUAGCUUUACCCGUGAUAGAAAUGGCGGGAAACCCGUAUUUGCCGGUUUUGCAUAGAGGUGUUUUCCCAACAAACCCGUUGACCCG